ACUUCAGUCGUAUUUAUAUUUUAGUGCAAAAAGGAAGACGGAGAAUAAUAAAAUUCCCUAAAUCCCCAGAAACACAAGAGUAACAUGAUCAAAAAAGCCUGCCCUGCGUGUAAAUCCCAAGUAGCUGUUGCGUGCAAAAGUUGCAAAUGUGGACAUUCAUUUUUCAAUGCACGAGCACGAAAGAAUUCCCAAAAGGUCGAAGUUGAUGGGGCAAAGAGGCGAACGGGGCGCGUCCGGAGGGAGAAACCCCAAUUCUAUGAUCCGUCCAAAUUUGAGAAUAAACGGAAGCGGAAUAAAAGGAAAAAUAGUGCAAAGUAUCCAAUUGAGUCAAAUGGAAAGUCCACAAGGGCAGGGACACGUCUCAGAGGUCCCCGAGGGAGGACAAAGAAAAUUCAGGAAGAGACUGGAGGCAGCAAAAUUGCAGAGCUAUCAGAGGAGAAGCAGAAAGUCGCAUCGAUCAUUUUGGCGGAAAUAAAUCAAAAACUCGGGUCUGUCGUGUGGAAUCCAUAGUGAUUUUAAUUAAAAAGAGAAGAUAUAUAAACAUUUCUUAUCAAAUAAAAUGAUAGUAAAAGGCAA